AUGGCUCCUCCAUCUCCAGCAGAGACUGUGGCAAUGAGUGAAGAUGAUGGGAAUCUUAGGAGAUGUGGGCGAAGUAGUUUUUCGCAAGAGCAGCUUGAACUCUUAGAAUCCUCAUUUACCAAAGAGCCAUACCCGAGUAUAGCUCAACGCUUGGAGUUGGUCAAGAAGACGCAGCUACCAGAGGCAAGAAUUCAGGUACUGUCAAUUUGA